AUGUGGGAUCCCAGCAGUUCUGCUGGGCGGCGACGGCAGAACGUAGCCGCUAUUGGUAUAUCGGCGGUUUGGAUAUCCAGAGCUGGAUUUAUCACCGGUAUUGGAUUUAACCAACUGUACCAAUCCCCAUCGUGGUAUAACGACGAGGAGGAUGGCAAGCACAAGGGCGAAGACAUCCAGGAUGCUGCCAAUAUCCGAGACUGGGGGUGGCGGGUGGUUCUCUUCCAGGCCGAGGUUAUCAAUCCUAGCGUUCUGUACGGCUGGAAGGCACGCUUUGAUUCUAUUCCAGAAUUCUUGGAUUGGUAUGCCAGCUGGCUGGACCAUCUCGAUGCACAGGGGUUGCUUUCUCUGCGGCGCCACUCUGUAGGCUGUGAGACGGACUGCGAGUCGGACUGUGAGGAUCAUGCCACAGGGGCCUAUGCAGAGAAUUGCUAG